AAAUUGCCUUGCUUAACGCGAGCUCAGUUCGGUAACUUACUCAUGGCCGUGCAGGACAAAACAGAUUCGCCUUUCAGGGAGUGGUAUGCAGAUACCCGUGGACCCUCUGCUGCACCAUUGGUCGAUUACGGUGAUUGCUUCGAUCAGCCAGCGUACCAAGACGUUGAAUGUCAGGAUUCCGAAUUUCGCGUUAUGAAACCAACCGAGGGUAAGGCGUUCUUACCAAAAAGAAAAGACAGCGUUACAAUCAUUGCCGGCAUACAGAAACAGACCGAAGUCAAGAUACAGCCUCAGCAGAGUGUUGCACUAUGUCCAAAAUACCUCAAAUAUCAUAAAAGCUUUGUCCUCAAUACAGGUGGAUCCAUCUGGGGCCUUGAUUUUGCACCGAAAUCGCCUUCCGCAUCAGAUCCGCAUAUCCAAUAUUUGGCCGUUGCAGGCUAUCCUGGCACCACAGAUGAGCACCACAAUGUUGGAGAGAUACAGGAAGCUGGUACUGUAGAAAACUGCAUUCAGAUUUGGCGCAUGGAUUUGCGACUAGUUGAAAGCGAAGAGAGCCCUAUUGCCGCACCAACUUUGGAUCUCUGUAUAGCACACGACCUCGGUAUUGUCAGAGCAUUGCAAUGGUGCCCACUUGGAACGUACCAAGAGCCCCUUGAAGGACAGACUUUCACACCGCGUCUAGGAAUUAUGGCUGUUGCCUUUGGUGAUGGAACCAUUCGACUUAUAUCAGUGCCGCACCCAGAUGGACUUCGGAUGAAAGAGAAAGGGAAAGGAAAAAGCGCGCAGUCCGGCGAACACAAGCGUUCUACAGUAUAUAUUAAACUUGAAAAAUCGUUAGCGAUACUCUCCAUACCUGAUACAUGUCUUACAACCAUAUCUUGGGGUGGACCCUACAAGCUGAUUGCAGGCUGUUCAAAAGGGCACAUAAGUUUAUGGAAUGUUGAGUGGGCCAUAAAGAAUAGAGCUGGAGCUAACAAAGACACGGAAACAGAGGAUAUUGCACAUGCUCUUGUCUAUAAUGUGAAAGCACAUACUUCCGCUGUACGGGAUUUGACGUAUCAUUCAAGGCAUGACUCAAAUGAACAUGAUUUCGUCAGUUGUGGGCAAGAUGGCCGAGUUCGCUGCUUUGAUGACCGGGACCCUUGGACCGGUGCUACAUAUUGGAAAAAUCGAGGUUUUAUGAAUACCGUGGCGUGGCCUUCGUACACUGAAAAUUUCUUCUUCACUGAUGUGGAGCGAAACAUACGAUCUGCUCGUACGGGAGUCACUACAGAACAUGGCACCACUAAAAAGGAGGCUGAUAAUAGAGGCGAAGUAUGGCAAUCUGCUGGAAGUUACUUUCAUCCUUUCAUCCUCUUUUCAUCGUCAGAUGGCUGGCUGAAAAUGAAAAAUCCUUACCAUGGGAAAGUGAAAAAUCAGAAACCGAUUAUUACUACUAUAUACAGAAUGAAACUUGAAGAGAAUCCCAAGAAAUAUAGAUAUGUAGAUGGUAUCAAACCAGGUGUGUAUGAAGCCAAAAAGCGGGCAAUGGAAUCGCUGUACUAUCUGUUCUUAGACCCAGAAAUCGCUAUCCAAAAGUGUGUUUGGAAUCCAAACCUCUUGACUAGUGGAUGGAUUGCUUCUGGAGGCGCAGCUGGACUGUGUCGCGUAGAGUUCGUUGGUGUAGGGUCAGACUGGCUUAAGUUGAGCGAAUCAUACAACACCGCUGAUCGAUAAAGACUGCUCUGAUUGUUCUUAAUACCAAAAAAUUUCACAAAGGGCUCGUGCAGAUAUUUAUUAUUACCAUUAAUAGUAUUUUUCAACUGGAAGCUGUCAUAAAUAGGCGAUACCUCUUUUGAUACAUACUUCUUCAACACUACCAAUGACAUCCACAAUGUUUCAGAUGCGUUUUCAAGCUCAAGUUAAAAAAUUAGUGACAUGACGAGAAAUGCCUACCUCCAAUUUGUCGGUUCCCGUGAAUAGGAAACCCUUGGUUUCAGAACAUUCAAAAAAAAAUCGAGUGAUAUAAAAUCUCAUGGCCGAUUGAAAACUUGCCA